AUGGCUCGCCGCCACGACGUCGACGUCAACGACAUUGACCUGGAGGAAGAAGAGCUUGACACCGACGACCUCAAGGCCGCUGGCUGCGCGGUUUGUGCCCUCGGCGCGCAUCGUCCUCGCCUCCCCGUCGCGCCCCAAGUCCAGCUUCCGGCUUCAGGCGCCCCCGUCCACUCGAACCAGGAGCUGCGCGCCCAGUACGAACUCGUCUCAGCGCACAAUGCGGGCUUGGCUACUCACGCGUCCGUGCUGCAUGACCGCAAUCUCGCGAUCUUGCAUCGUGCUCGCGAGGGUUAUCGCGCAGGCAUGAUCCGGCUCGAGCAGGCGCUCCUCUCCCGGGAGCACGCCGAGCGGGACUACGCCGUCCUGGAGGACCGAGUGGCCGACUUCCGCGCUCGUGCUGAGCGCGCCGACGCUGCCGAGGCUCUACUCCGCGCCGAGCGAGGCUCCUCGACAGAGCAAUAUCGUGAUCUACAAGCUCAGCUCCGGGCGGCACGAGACCAGGUCACUGACUUGACUGCCCAACUCGCGCGCGCUCCUGUUACGCCGCCUCCCUCCACCGUGUCGCUAGCGCGGCUGUUUGCUGCACAAGGCGAACUUCGACGCGGCUGA